AUGAAUACCAAUGAGGUCCGGCAUAUACUCAAAGAAUUGGAAGAAGCAGUCAACAAAGAAAGCAAGGAAUCGAAUUCGGUAUACAACCCCUUCAUCACCACCCUGGAGUUGCUGCUAAAGACCGCCCAGUCCGUGAACCAUGCCGAGCAUCAAAAUGGAGAGGCCGUGCCAACUUUCCAACCUUCGCAUGCAGCUGCCCACCGUGUCGUCGAAGUCUGGCUACACGUGCUAGAGCGGCUAAAGUGCAUCUCAGAGAAGCGACAGGCCAAGGUGAUGGCCGUGCUCAUAAGAGGCAAAGAGGCGCCGGCCAAGUUGUCGAAAUCAUUUUCCCCAUCGAUUCAGGCGUGUGCAGGUGUUUGCUCGAGCAGCGCCUCGUCAGCAUCGGCCUCUUCGCCGACAUCGCCGGCCAAGUGGUCGAUAAGCAGCGAGCAGAGCGCGAACAACAUCAUGCGGCGUUUCUUCAUCGAGCAUAUGAACCGCCCAUUUCCGAACAAAGCCGAGAAGGAGAAGAUGCUUGCGCAGGCGAGGAGCGUGACGCCGGAGGGUCAGAAACCGUUAUCUGCAUCCUCUUUAAGUUUGUUCUUCAUCAAUACGCGCCGUCGAAGUGGGUGGACUGAGUUCUUUCGCAAGUACGCGGGCGAGUCUCACGAGGUCAUGUCGCGCGUUGUCCAAUGCUUGGAGGAGGAAAAGAGGCGCAACAUGGAUGACCAAGCGAGUGUUGGGACAAUGCGAACAACCGUCGGUAUAAGCUUGCAAGGCUUGCUUGAUGAGAUUCAGAGCGGCAAGACAGCGCGAAAAAAGCCACGCAAAAACUCUUCGGCCGGAAGCGGCACCGUGCAAAGUCCCUCGCCUAUGGCCAUCCGCAAAACAACCAGGAGCACGAGCACGAGUGCCAGCGAGCCAAAGCUCGAUGCGGAGACGUGCCGCGCAGAAUAUGAGGCAAUCAUCGAGCAUGUUGCCGUCAAGCAUCCAGAGCGCGUCGGCGACUGGAUCGAGCAGGUCGUGCAGGCCGCGGCGGCCAUUCGCGCGGGUCAGCCAAUCCCUAGCGCCUUGCUGUCGUUUUCGUCUGCGCAAACAUCUUCCACUGCGCCGGAAUCAAGAGCUAAUUCUGUCGCCGGUGCCGCCACAGGGUCCAUGGCCAAGCAGUCUGCAUCGAGGCAAGGGUCAAAAGAGGAAGCAAAGUCAAAGAAAAGGCCCAUCAGUCAAGUCGGCAGUGUGGGUGGUGCAGGUGGUGUGGGUGGUGCGGGCGGUGCGGGCGACGAAAGCGGUAAAGAGGACGAUGACGAUGACGACGGCAGCUCGAGCAGUAAAAGCAACAAUAAAACGCGGGACUCUCCUUCCACCAGUCAUCGUCGACCCAGUCCCUUCUUCCCACCGGUUCCGCUCUCGGGUCUCGGUGAACUGCAUGGACGCAGCGAUGCACUCCGGCCACCAGUUCCUUUCUUCUCCCCUGACUUUGCAUAUGCAACGGACAGCUCUUACUCGCAGUCGCACUUCCAAGGUGACUAUACGCUUGAAACGCCACCUCCACCUCCGGCGCCAGCGCCUGCGUCACAAGAUCCCCUUGUGCAUAAUCGCUACUAUCGGCCAGAGCUUGUAGUCCUCUCGCAAACGCAAUCGGGUGUGAUUGCACGGACAGGGGCCGGAGACGGCGCCAGCGGCAAGCUCGCGGCCAAAGGCCUGAGCAGCGAGCGGAGAAGAGGCUUGUUGUCUCUCGACCCUUCAUUGCAGUUCGGCUAUAUACCAUCCGAGGCAUCUGGCUUGACGGUCGCUGCUACAUCUUCUCCAAACCACACCUCGCUGAAUGGUGUUGCUGACGCCGCCGCCGUCGCCGUUGCCGUCGCUGCUGACAAUAAGCAACGCCGUCACCCUCACGGUCACGCCCAGUCCAUGCACCGCCAGCCUUCACCGCCUGCACCAGUAUCGAAUUUUGACCUCUUUCUCGAUUCGACCUUCCAUCUCGGUGUCGACAUGGGCCACGGACUGGGUUCGUGGACGUCGGCUUCCGGUUCGCCCACUACGCGCAGCGCGGCGCUCUUGCCUGCGCCCUCGUCAUCGGCGACAUCCUCCAUGACGCAAUACGGUCACAGCCAGGGACUUUCACUCAAUCUCGCGCAUGACCAGCACGGCCACGGCCACUCAUCUGGUCUGCUGUUUAUGCACCCUAGCAGGGCCUUCGAUGGAGCGGUCAGCACUGGCUCAGGGGCUAGCAUGCACAGUCCGUAUCAUGGAAUGCUUUUUGGCGAUUAG